UUUUCAAGGGCAGUUUACGUAUUAUCGCCAAGCAAAACAUUUAUCUAAAGCAUUUGUAUUUAAUAUGGACAAUAAACAAUGCACAAAAAAACCAAAAUUAGAGGAUAUAACAUUAAAAGAAGGAGAAGCAGAAAUUCUCGUGAGCAAUAGGAAUGUGUUUUAUAAUCCUGUACAAGAAUUUAAUAGAGAUCUUAGUGUAGCAGUGUUAAUGAUCUAUGCCAAAACCAGGAAUAAAGAAGUAUCAAAGAACGGUCUAAUGAAACAGGAUGGAAUAACUAUAUUAGAAGCUUUAUCUGCAACAGGUUUGAGGAGCAUACGCUAUGCUAAAGAAGUACAAGGUAUAAAACAAAUUGUAGCCAAUGAUAUCUCUGCAAAAGCAGUAGAAAGCAUUAAAAGAAACAUAGAACACAAUGGAAUAGAACACCUUAUUAAACCAAGUCAUGAAGAUGCAACAUUAUUGAUGUAUCAGAGUAGAAGAGAACGUUUUGAUGUUGUAGACUUGGAUCCAUAUGGUUGUCCGACAAUAUUCUUGGAUGGGGCUGUUCAAUGUGUAUCUGACGGUGGAUUGCUUAUAGUUACAGCCACAGAUAUGGCUGUGCUAGCUGGAAAUUGUCCUGAAACUUGUUAUCUGAAAUACGGAGCCAUUUCCUUGAAGUCUAAAGCAUGUCAUGAAAUAGCAUUACGUAUUUUAUUGCAAAAUAUUGCUUCCCAUGCAGCUCGCUAUGGAAGAUACAUAAUACCAGUGCUUUCUGUAAGUGCUGAUUUUUACAUCAGAGUAUUUGUGAAAGUAUUUUCCAGUCAAAUUAAAUGCAAAGAAAAUACUAUCAACAUAGGAAUGGUAUAUCAAUGUACAGGCUGCGAAAGUCUCAAUACUCAACCAUUAUGCGUUAGAAAGCCCUCUGGAAUUUAUAAAAUUACACCCUCGCCUUGCGUGGAUCAGCUCUGUAAAGUCUGUAAACACAAACAACUUGCUGGAGGACCUAUAUGGCUGGGUGCCUUGCAUGACCAAGAAUUUGUCUCUACACUUUUAUGUCAUUUAAAUAUUAUGACAUUGAAAACUAUGAAAAGGAUACAAGGAGUUUUAAAUGUUAUUCAUGAAGAAUUAGAUAUUCCAUUAUAUUAUACGUUGGAUCGUUUAAUGUCUGUUGUUAAAUGUCAUACACCAUCAAUGGUAAUGUUCAGGUCUGCAUUGUUGAAUGCAGGAUAUAAUGUGUCAUAUUCGCAUGCAAAUAAAACAUCCAUAAAAACGGAUGCACCAAAUGAAGUAAUAUGGGAUAUUGUACGGACAUGGGCAAAGGAUCGUCCCAUAAAACGAGAUAAAUUGCCAAAUGACAGUUCUGCCUUAAACAUAUUGAACACACCAAUUACUACAAACAUUUCGUUUGAUAUACAUCCUCUGGCUAAUCCAGCUUCUAGGCAGAAACGUCUCACCCGGUUUCAGCAUAAUCCUACUGUCAACUGGGGGCCUGGUACACGUGCAAAAACAAUAAUUGAUUUAGAAACUGGCGGGAAGGACUCAAAAAAGAUAAGAAAUCAGAAUAAAAAUGCUAAAAAGGAGAGGCAGCAUAUGGCAGAUAAUAGUGAAGAUGUAAAAACUGUUUUAAACGUAGAAUCUGCAUGAAUCAUAUGCAGAAAAUAAAGUA